ACGAAGCGAGGGAUCUUUUGAAGAUUGUAUUAAUCUCCAUAUCAGCGUGUUUUAGUAAAAAAAACCGCUUAUUUUCUUCAUUUGGCGUUAAAAUUUCUCUUCAGUGAUAUAAAAAAUACCGUUUAAGAUGAGAUAUUCAUUUAUGAUUAUCUGCGUCCUCGUGGUACUUAUGCUGGCAAGAUUUACUUAUGGACGUCCUGCGAUCGUCGAGAAUGGAUUGAACUUGAGCAUGUUAGAAUCACAUGCCUCAAAGUUGGAAGAUUUCUCGAUCUACGAACCAAGAGCAAUCUCAUCGCUCAAACAAGAAAGUUCGUCGUUCUCGGCUAAACCACGUCAAAAACGACUAUCGGAUCAGAGACGAGCCGAAUUGGAGACACUUAUAAGUUUGUCAAGAAUCACUGGCAAACGGUCGCUAAACAUGACGGAAGAAAAUGGGCCAAACAGAAAAGUGGAUCCAGUAAAAAUCGGUCGACGAAGGCGUUUUGCGGUGAACCAAAUUCCAAUUGAAUUAAUACCUGUCCGUCAUGUCGAAGAACUGAAACGCGAUGGGGAUCCUACGUAUUCUCUAGUUAGUUGAGUAAACCGCUGAUGGAACUGCUCGAAAGCGUGGGUUUUAUUACAAGGGAUGAGCCUGGCGCAUGCAAGGAAUAUUCUUUGAACAUUGCAUCGUUUCGACCGCCUAGUCAGUUGCGGAACAGCGGAAACAAAGAUUAUAAAUCAUAAAGCAACGUGAUCAUGAGAAGAAUACUAGUAUAAUUCCAUAGACUUAUUAGAUUUCAUUGUAAAUUAUUAUAACAAAUCCUCUCGAUAUUGACAAGUAUUUUUUUUUAAUUUAUUUGAAUUCUUAAAAAGGAAUGCAUAUAUUAUUCAUUAUCUAUUUAUUUUAGAUUAUUUAACAAAUAUUAAGUACUAUAAUAUAGUUAAAAACCAUUUGAUAAGAAAAAUUAUUAUUAAUUACAAUUAAGUCUUUACUUAAUAAAUCAACAAUUAUUUUAACUGAUAAUCAAAAAUUAAUUAAUUAUAAAUUUUAUUGUAAAAAUUAACAUAAAUAUCAAAACAAUACAACCAGAUUGGAAAUGGCACAAAUAAAAAUAUCAAAUUGCCAUAAUAAGAUCUUUAACUUUAUUUAUCAUACAUUUUUCUUCGCUAUUGACGUUCGCAAUGAGUAAGAAUAUAAUUUACAAAGAAACAGGAUAAAUUAACUAUUGCUACAACUCAAUCUUUCAGUUUGCAAAUCAUAGUUAUAUAAUUUUUAUAUCAACAAUGUAGAGAACUUAUUAUUAGUCAGCUCUUAUAGUUAUUCAGCUCGUUUUUUUACAUCUCGAACAAAUGUUACAUAUGCGAUUCACACAAUUCUUUGUUAUAUCCAUAAACGGAUUAAUGACAAUUUUUUAGAUUUAAUUCACACAUCCUAAGGUAAAAAUAGAAUUGACAUUUUAACAUAUAUAAAGCAGAAUUAUUCUUAACAAAUCACACAAUCAUUAUUACGUUAUAAUUUAUAAUAUUUCUAUAAUAUUUUUAAUCUUAACCCUUCUCACGAAAUAUAGCAAAUAUUAGAAUUUGACAAUUCCAUAUAUUUAUUAAGACACGUAGUUCUUGUAAUAUUGCAUUACAAUUUGCAAAAUUGCAAUAUUUGUUGAGAUAUAGUUAAGAAUCUUUAUAUGGGAACUAAAUACUGAAAGUCGAUUGCCUGUUAUAUCAAAGUUUUAUAAUAUUGGACUCAAAACAUGCGAGCUCCGUCUUUUCUCUGUUAAAUUAAAACUUAUUCUAAUAAUGUAUAUGUCUACAAAGCAUAUCAUAAUUAUAUUUUUGAAUAUCUUUGUUCCUAUACAAUAAUAUCAUUUUUUAUUAUAUUGAAUUCUUUCCAGUCAGCGUCUUUAUUGUUAUAGUAGCACAAAUCGAUGCAAAUCAAUUACGUCUUAUUUUCAUUUUCUUUUUAAUUUGUGUUAAUGGCUUUGUUAAUUUGACAUUAAAUUAAAAAAUAAAUAGAUAGAGAGGAGGGAAAAAUGGACUUAUAUAUCUGUUAGAUUAUCUGUACAAAUCUUUUUGUUUUAUAAAAUAAAAUAAUUGUUAUAUGUUUAGGGAGAAGAGUGAGAGAAAGAAAUAAUUAUGUAUAUACAAAAUGUACUUAUGUAGAGCUUA